ACAGGGGCUCUUUAAGCUAGCGGCUCUGGGGCAUUUCCCCCCCCCAGCUCCCGCAGUUGGUACGGUCUGGGGGUGCUCCCAGAAUGGCGGCUGUGACUCGAAGUUCGAAUAGGAUCUUGCUGGAAACAAUGCAACGUUCUGCGACCCGAGGCGUGCUACUGGGGUUCACUCCCGGCUGCCGCCGCUGGUCCCUUGGAGGGAAACGGUAUCUGCUUACAGACGAUGUCAUGAAACUGCAAGAAUUCCAGCAGGUGAAGGUGGCAGUCUCCUGUCGAUUUCAUGGCAAAAAAGAAAUCUAUUUUAAAGACAUGGAAGAGAAAAUAAAGAAACAGAAGCUUAUCUUAAAGGACGAACUGAAAACCCUGCUCCAUUUAUGUGAAACCAAAGAUGACGUGGAACUGGCAAAAAAUGUCAUUUACAGGUAUCAUGCUGAGAACAGAAAUGUCUCUUUCGGGGAAUUUAAGUUCGGGCCCCUUUUUAUAAGACUUUGCUAUGAGCUGGACCUAGAAGAGUCUGCAGUGGAGCUCAUCAAAGACCAGCAUUUGCAUGGUUUCUUUUCAGACUGCACAUCAUUCAAUAUUCUGAUGAAUAUGUUAUUUAUCAAAGACAAUUACAAAGGUGCAUUGGAGGUUUUAAUAGAAAUGAAAAAUCAAGGGGUCAAGUUCAAUAAAGACACUUACAUCCUUGCUUUUGCAAUUUGCUACAAACUGAACAGUGAUGUUUCUUUCAACACCUGCAUGAAUUUACUGGAGGAAGCACUGAUCAAAGGAGAAAUUUUGACAAGGCGAGCCUACAGCUUUGCCAUAGCAUUAGCUCUGGAAAAGAACCAGGUGGCAAAGGCAAGAUCCAUUUAUUCUCACAUCUUGAACCCAGACAGCAAAGCCUGCAGUAAUUUAAAGAUCCUUAUCUAUGCCCACUCAGAUAUGCUGGAAGGAGCCCUGCAGAUCCUGGAGGCCUCUACAGAAAAAACCCACUCCAGCUUUGUGAAGAAGCAAGAGUUCUCAGAGGAAGUGCUGACCACAGUGAAGGAGAAAUUGGACGGACAGCCAACUCUCCAGACCAGAUUCAAAGAGAUCAGUGAUAAGAUGCAUAGCUGCCAGGUCAUCCCCCAGACUAUGGAUGCCAUACUCUGUGUUAUCCCUCAAAGCCGGAAACCCAACAUUCUCUCACUUAAGAGGCAAACAAGCCGCCGGACUUUACAGCCACUCAGUCAUCUCUGAUAGCCGAAUAGCCCUGAACUUGACCACCGGUGACUAAACUGGAUGGAUCUUUCUGAGCAUCUAGAAAUUGAUCUGAAGGAAAUUAGGCUGAACAUUUUUUUCUCUCCACAAAUUCUGAUACCCAUUGACAACUGACAUUCCAAACUAAAAGGUUAAUAUUCUGGACUGUGGUGGACAACAUUUACACAAACAACCAGAAAUCUUGAUUAUUAUUUUUUUUAAUAUUAGGCAUUGUCUGUGUAGAGUGAUGUGUGUCCCAGAGAAAGUUCUAGUGGGUUUCUCAGUUCAUUCUCCUGGACCUGGUUUACACAGGCAGAGAGAAAUGCAGAGAAGGAGUUCAGGCCUGGAUAUCAACACAUCCAGCUUUGAAUGACCCUUCCUUCCAAAGGCACUUGUUAAUGACAUCGUUGGAACUUGGUGCUGUUGUGGAUUUCUGGAGGUUUGCUAUGUUGCCUUGAAAACUGAUCUUUCCUUGAAUACACUAAUUAAAGUUUUGUUUUAGUAUGUAAAACACCAAGUAUCAAUGCUGAGAAAGUCCCUAACAAAAUAUAGUAACCAUCAUUUUGCUAGAGGCAGGAAUAUGUGGAAAAAUAUAACACAGCAUGGCACUAGCAAUAAGAAGCAACAGUGUUUUGUUAUGGCCUCUGCCCUUGCCUAAUUUCUGUGACCCUCAGUGAGCCACUCGAUGGCUCAGUCCUGAAGUUUUGUGAUCUGUAAAUUGCACAUGUUGUGCCUGCAUAUCCUAACAUGCAGAUUGAGAAUUUCAGACAAUUCAUAGGGAGGUAAGAGACUAAUAAAAUCGAUGCACAGAAAAACAAAAA